AUGGAGUGUAUGCGCGACCAGCUUCACGAGGGUGUUGUGCUCAAUGGACGAUAUGAAACUAUAUCGCCCCUCAACCAUGGCUCCUUCGGCAUGGUCUUCCAGGCCAAGGACCUCGUAACCGAUGAGCUCGUUGCCAUCAAGGUCAUCACCAAGUCGACUGCUGCUGUCAACUGCCCCACCGCCUUCGCCGUCGACGAGCGCUCAGAGGAGCUUGGCAUCCACCUCCGUCUCGGUUCCCACCCUAACAUCGUCAACCUCCUUCAAUCAUUCGAGACCACCAACCACGUCUACCUUGUCCUCGAGUUCUGUGCCAAUGGCGACCUCUACGAAGCCAUCCGUCUCGACAAGGGGCCUUUGGAGACUGAGCAUGUGCGCGACUUCAUGCAUCAGCUGGUCAGUGCUGUCGAAUCCAUGCAUUCCAAGGGCAUUUAUCAUCGCGACAUCAAGCCGGAAAACAUCUUCCUGACACAGUCUGGCUUGAUGAAGCUUGGUGAUUUUGGCCUUGCUACUACCGAUGCCUGGUCCUGGGAGGUCGCCGUUGGUAGCGAUCGCUACAUGGCACCUGAGCAGUAUGACCCCACCAACGCUGGCUACUCCACCGCCAAGGCAGAUAUCUGGGCCAUCGGUAUCUGCUUGUUGAACGUCUUGUUCUCGCGCAACCCCUUCGCUGUGCCCUCGGCCUCGGAUCCUUUGUAUGCCGAUUUUGCUCUCGACCGUCAGAGCCUCUUCGAUGUCUUCCCCAACAUGUCCCAGGACACCUUUGAGGUUCUUAUCCACUGUCUCGCUAUUGACCCUGAGAAGCGUGAUCUGUCCCGUGUUAAGGAAGCCCUCGAUCGUGUUAUUAGCUUCACUAUCGACGACGAGACCCUCGACGACUUCUGCACUGAGGAGCUUGUCGACCCCGUUGUUGCCAGCGCCAACCGUGAGCCCCUUCGCACGCCCUCUAUCUCGACUCCUCAGCUCGAGCAGGGUGGAUCCUUUCCUUGGGCCAAGGCUCUAGCCAUGUCACCGCCUCAGCCCAUCCGUCAGCUGUCGGUUAUUCCGGAUACUGAGAUUUACCCGGAUGAUCUCUAUGCUGGUCAUGGUGGUCGCUCUUACUACGAUGUCAAGCCUGCCAACCCUGCCGGUUCCUUCGCCGAUUCGGGUCUCGGUCUGUCUAUUGAUUCCGGCUUGGGUCUUUCGUUCAAGCCUCUCGACAUUCCCGCUGCGGCGCCUAUGAACAUUGCACGAUCUAAGCCCAUGCCAAUUGCUGCCUCGCUUCCAACCAAGGCCUUUAACAGCAUGGCGUCAGUGUUCGGCAAGAAGCGAGACGUUAUCUCCAAGAGCUGGAGCGAUCUAUGGGACGAAGAAGACGACGAUAUCACUAUCGAGGAAAUCGAGAAUAGCUUCACGCCUAAGAAGGAGAAGUCGUUUGUCCAGUCUGAGGCUGGUUCUGGCGUCUCGACUCCGCGCGGUGGUCUGUCUGAGCUCAAGAACCCUGCUAUGGUCAACAACAGCAGGAGCCGCUCCCCCAAACCGAACCAAAUGUCCACUAGCCAUGUCAGUGAGCAGACCGGCUUCAUCUUCGAAGAGCACAACACGGCUCCUGCACGCUACUCUCCACCUUCCAAGCGCACCACGGCAGACAAAUGGGCUGCUCUUGGCGAUCGUAGGCGUGCUCCGCAGUCACCGCAGCACACUCCUCAGAAGCCUGUGAAAACGCCUGCGAAGACCAUCAAGCAACAGCAACCGACUCCGAACUCCGCCCGGAAGCGAAGCCGGACCGGAAGCUGGAGGCGCCCUAUUCACUGGGGCCCCAGCCCGCAGCCUGAGAACGCUGAUCUCUUCUCAAAGCCCAAAAGCAAGGACAUUGACCCCUGGAGUCUGAGCAAAGACUGGCGUCGUAACCAUGCACCUUUGCAUGACGACAUUGGGGACCUUGAGUGGGUUGGAGGUUGGAAUGACCUCCACUUGUAG